AUGGCGGAGACGAAGCUGGCCUGCGCCGAGGCGGAGGCGGAGGAGCGGGAGAGGCGGAAGCGGGGGCGGCGGGGCAGGAGGGGCAGCGACCCCGUGGAGGCGCUUGGGGAGGGGGUGAUGGGGCUGGUGAUGGAGCUCCUGGACGCGCGCAGCGUGGCACGAUGCACGGCGCUCUCCCGCGCCUGGUACGGGGUCGCCGCCGACAACCGCCUCUGGGCACCAAAGUGUGCUGAACUGAUGGCGGGAAAGGCACAUAUUCCUCAUCUGACAAUGAUCCGUACUGCAUCAAAGUUGUCUACCUAUUCAAUGGCCAUCAUGGAUGGCAAACGGAAUCGGAUCACAAAAGAGGAUCUCUGUGAUCAUGCAUGGGAAUAUUGUUUCACUAUAGCAGCACCAGAAUACUGGAGGAACCUUGAUCCGUCAUGGAAGCAUACCGGUCCACCAAUGCGACGAUACUUCCAUCAAGAUGGUUACCACAGUGCAGAACCUCAUGACGCUGUUUGGGGUGGCCAUGAGUGCGAGUACACGAUCAUGACAAGCUUUGUUGGAGAUGGAAAAAUCAGGGAUCAUUAUGUGAGGAUCAACCGAUGGCCACCGAUGAAAGUGUCGAGGAAGGAUGACUGGAGCUGGGAGCUAUCCAACCACCUAUACCGCUACAACAGCAUCCCUGAUGCUGAAAAGAAAGGAUGUACAGGGCCUCUGUUCCCUGUUUGGUGAGUUCACUUGUAUGGUAGCAUACCAGUGCGUCUGUGGUAUAUGAUCCCGCAACCUUCUUGUGGUGGAAAUCAUGCCUUGAUCUUCCAUCUCAAGGAAUGUUGCAGAAGAAGACUUCGAUUGGCAGCAAUGAACUAUGGACAUUUGUGGAGGUACUUAGUUUUUUAAGAGAGAAUGUAGGUACUUUGUUAAGAUUAGGUAUGAGAGCUAAGUAUGUAUGGUAGUGGUUGCAGCUAGCGUGUGAUGAUAUUAUGUGUGCUCUUCUUGUUAGUUUUAUCUACUGUCUAGUGUGUGAUCUGUAAAAUACCCUGAACUAUUCUAGGAAUGGUAUGGUGUAUGUAAACCUACUGUGAUGUGUACCAUAUGUAGUGAAUGCUACAUGUGCUGCUGUUUUAUCUCUGCUGAUA